AUGUUUGUUCAAAAGAUUAGUGGCCUUCUUUGGGUAUCAGUUUUACUGUUCGGUUCCGCUCAGGCACGCAGCAGCAUGGACCAUGAUCUUCCUACCCGUAACAUCGCAGGUAUAUCAGUCGUCAACACCACAAUCGUCCAGGCCGCCGAAGGAUUCGCCUUGGAUCACAGCUCAAAUGCCGUUUACAAACACGUCAUGCGAUCUUGGCUGUACGGUGUCCUGAUGCUAGAUGCAAACAAAACCCUAAGCCGCAGCGUCGACAGAGAGAUUCACGCCGUCGCAACUCUUUUGCAUGACCUCGGUUGGGACAAGACAGAGAACUAA